GCUGAGAAAUACUGGCCUUUGUUCCUUAGGUUUGAUCGUGACUGGAAGAAGAUAGAAGAUUUCGUCGGCUCCAAGACAGUGAUUCAGAUAAGGAGUCAUGCUCAAAAAUACUUUUUAAAGGUUCAGAAAAACGGGACAGUAGCACAUGUGCCACCCCCUCGGCCAAAGCGCAAAGCAGCUCAUUCCUACCCUCAAAAGGCAUCUAAGAACGCUCCAAUGCAGCUUCAAGUUUCAACUUUCUGGGAUGACGCAUCAAUACUGCUAAACAGAGUUAUUUCACCACAGCACGAACAUGCUACUCUUCUUGGAGCACAAGAUGAUAUUGGACCUAAGGGUAUAUUAAAUGUUAGUAGCCCUUCGACCUCCGGUGUGGGAAGCUCAAGCCGAACUAUAUCAUGUUCUGAGGUUGUAGCAAAACAACCUCCAGCGCUUCACGGUGUUCCUGAUUUUGCUGAAGUUUAUAGCUUCAUAGGGAGUGUGUUUGAUCCCAAAACGAGACUGGAUCACGUUGAAAAGCUCAAGCAAAUGGAUCCUAUAAAUUUCGAAACUGUUUUGUUACUGAUGAGGAACCUCAUAGUUAACUUAUCAAACCCUGAGUUCGAAUCCUCUAGGAAAGCACUCUCAUCAUAUGAGGUGAACACCGAGCUCCCAAGCGUUACCACUGGCUCAUUUUGCCCCAACUCAACAAGCGACAAAUCAUCUUAAGAAAGGUAUCAGCCAUUAGUUAUCAAGUUUACUAGUUGGUUUUCCAUCUUUAAUAGACUUUGAGGUAUACGACACUGGGAAUCACUAUCUUGUCAAGUGGGGCUUGUGUGUAAAGUGUUUAAUACGGUUUGUUUUUUUUUUGAGGAGAAGAAACAUUGAGUGAAGUUUUUGAGCUUCAGGGUUUUGACCAGGACUAGUUCAGUGAGGUUUAAUAUAAAUAUAUAAUGGGUUUUCCAUUUUCUACUAGUUAUUGGUCUUCAAGCUGCGGUUGGUGGUCAGUGGUUGAAAAGCAGCCUCAUUCUCAUCAGCCGGUUAACUCUUGUACAAAAAUCUCCUUACAUUUUUGUUGCUGUGUGUUUUUUUAUAUGUUCAUCUGUUGAGUAAAUCUCUAGUUUGAUUUUUGGCUCUUCUAAUCAUAUUAUAUACUACAUGUAUGCUACACAAGUUAUAUCCUAAACAAAGUACUAAGAAA